GUAGGGCCCGGGGCUCGCCCGUCCCUCGGGGGUCUUCCGCUCGCUCGCGCCCUUCCCGCCGCGGCGGGCCGCCCGCCGCCCCCACAGUUUUCCAUGGCUACCCCAAGAGUCUCCACAUCCUCAAAACACUCUGUGUGCAGUGAGAUGAAGCCGGGCCCACCAUAAACCUGAACAGUGUGAGGCUAUUGGCUUGGUGAGAACCUUCAAUAUUGCUUUUCCUUGUCUGGCUGGGACACUGCUGCAAGUUUGGAGUGUCUGUACAUGGAAUAUGAAGAGGAUGAUGAUAUUUCCUUUGCAAGAUGGAUGAGCAGUUUCUGGGGCCACAGCUUGAUUGAUGAGAAUGAGAAAGAGGGUAGAGGCCACAAGAAACAUCAAACACGAUCCCUUAGCGAAAGGAGAGCCUCCCUUCCGGCCAGGCUUUCCUCUCUCCAUACAACACGACUUCAUGCCUCUGCCAAAGGCUCAUCUUCAGGUCAUCUCAAGGGCUCCAAAGAAUUUCAAGAAGAUCAAGAUGUCAAAUGCCACCGCCACAAGAAGGCAAGCAGAACACCUUCAGCAGACAGCUCAGGCCCAGAGACAAGAUCAAAUUCCAUGCAGGAAUUUGCAGAGUCCUUUGAGAAGCAAUUGCAUUUCAAGAGCAAACGCUCAGUUUCUUUGCAACCUGAAGGCAUGAAGGAGAGAAGAGAGAGACUGCAUCUGAGAAAGAACAAGUCUCACAAGAGAAUCGGAGAGAAAUCAGAGCCAGGGAGAGCACAGAAAGAUGAACACUCGGAAGCUAUACCUACAAAACACGACGAACAGUUUCCAUCACAAGCAAGCAUUGAGAAAGGAUAUUAAUGCACAGGUGGCUAGAAUGUCUUGGGCUAAUGAAUUUUAACACUAUCUGUGAUGAACAGAGGGAGCAUUCUUGUUUUGACUAGAAGAAGGUUGUUAGCUAGUGCAAACCCAAAGCUGUAAAAUGAAACUAAAAUUCAACUGCAUAAUUGAUACCAUUUUCCUACAUUCCCGUCUUUAUUUUUUCCACUAGGAAUGUGACCCUGCUCAGAGAUAUGGAGCAAUGAACCACACCUUUAGAGGGUUUCAGACAGAUUUAGCAUUGCAGCAGGACAACAGUGGAUGUGUUCAUUUAGGAGGAGAACAUCUAUGUAUUACAGAGCUGUGCAAAGUCACUCAAAGCCUUAUGUUUCUGUUUUAAUUGCAAACAGAAAUUUGGGGAAAGAAAAUGUACACAUAAACUAUUAGCCAUUACUUGGCCCUGACACUGACUUAGAGUUGUCAUGGAAACAGGGAUCUCUUCUCUUUGACAUUCUCCCAACUCCAAAUUUGUGGAGGUGAUAGAAAAAAGGUCCUCACGCUCUCCUCCACACAUUGUUGUUGUCUUCUCUGUGCUUUCCUCACUGUCACUGCAAUAUAACUCUUGUUUUCUGAUGUCCCUCUUUUCUCUCCUGUGUCCUCAGUCCCAUUUCCCAAGUCACACAACAGUUUUUCUGCCAGCUUUAGUCUCUGUUGUGGCCUUUCCUCCCUCCAUUUUCUAUUUUGCAGCUGUGACUCAUAGCUAGAAGACUCUCUUGUUACAUCUGUAGCUCUGCCUCAUCAAAAUUUGAGCCUUGCUUGAACCUCUGGUAAAAACAGAGAUGAUCAGCCUCUUGCACUUCUAUAUAAUCUCUUCACGGGGCUGAUUAUAUUUGCCACAGUUUCAGGGCAAUAUAUCCUUUUAAUUUUUUCUUUCUGCAUGAACUGAGGCCAAACAAAGGAAUUGGGAAAUGGCUCUGCCAGUGAUAAGCUGGUCUUGGGAAAUUUUUUUCCUCUGGCUGAAGAUCUAAACUCAGCUGUAAAUCUCACCGUCUCUAAGCAAGAUUUCCUUCUAUGCAGAGGAAUACAAUUUCCGUAUGCUCAUAAACACACCUUUUUGACACGUGAGUCUUCCCUUCAGAGAAAAUCCCCGUCCUUGGGUAUAAUUUCUUAAGGCCUAGUAUGAAGAAAGCCUGGUUUGGUAAUAGAGGAUAGUGAAGACUGAUGAAUUUAUGAGUCAGGGUCAAAGUCUGCUGGGUAUUCUUCCUGGGAUUUUCUGUAAUUAACAAAGGUUUUAUUACUUUAGAGCCUCAAUUUUGAAUGUUCAACCUUUUAAGAGCUUAGGGCAUCCUCUACACUUUGUAACAAUUCAUUUUCGGAUUGGUUUUGUUUCUUGGAGGACUUUCAGGGUAUAUAAGAAAGUGGCUGAACCCUUGCUAAUGCUUGUAAGCUGUUUCUUACCUGGCAACGUAUAUUAUAAACUAAUAAAUCUGA